CUUUGAAGCCAGGUUGCAGAGAGACUGACGUUCAGGCCUCGUUUCUUGGAGAAUUUAAAGUAGCUCUUAAUACUAUAUUGCAACUUCUGAUUGAUUUUUUUAAAUAUAUAUAUAUUUAAGGUGUACACAGGGAAUAUACAGCCCUAUGUUUUGGAGACUUAGUCUGUUAGUUACUCUAACCCACGACUUUGUGUGCUUUCGAGGUUAAAGACCAAGGCUUUGGAACGUUGGAAACUGCUCUGUUAAGUAGCCUUUUUGGCCUUAGAGCUUUAGUUUGCCAGAUUUUGAUGUUGAUCACUUUGUAUCAGACUGCAGGAAACGUGUGCAGUUGGAAGAGCUCAGAGAGGAUCUGGAGCUCUAUUACAAACUCCUUAAAACUGCUAUGGUAGAACUCAUAAAUAAGGACUAUGCAGAUUUUGUUAAUCUCUCAACAAAUCUAGUUGGAAUGGACAAGGCACUUAAUCAGCUUUCAGUACCCUUGGGACAGCUAAAGGAAGAAGUGAUGAGUCUGAAGUCAUGUGUCAGUGAGGGGAUUCAAGCUGUAGAUGACCGGAUGACUAAACAAGAAGAUAUUAGAAGAAAAAAGAUGUGUGUUUUGAGGCUGAUUCAUGUUAUUCAGUCUGUUGAGAGAAUUGAGAAGAUUCUGCAUUCCCAAGGAACUAAAGAAUUGUCCUCAUUAGAGGGAAACAGCCCACUUUUAACUGGACAAGUUUUAGAAAGAAUUGCCACAGAAUUUAAUCAACUACAAUUUCAUGCAGUGCAAAGCAAAGGAAUGCCCCUUUUGGACAAAGUGAGACCACGUAUAGCUGGAAUAACAGCUAUGUUGCAGCAGUCUCUGGAGGGGCUGCUCUUGGAAGGCCUUCAGACUUCCAAUGUUGAUAUAAUACGUCACUGUCUUCGCACUUACGCAACAAUUGACAAAACACGAGAUGCAGAGGCACUAGUUGGACAAGUGCUUGUAAAACCUUACAUAGAUGAGGUCAUUGUGGAACAAUAUGUUCAAUCUCAUCCUAAUGGCCUCCAGGCUAUGUACAAUAGACUGUUGGAAUUUGUUCCUCAUCACUGUCGUCUCUUGCGUGAAGUAACAGGCGGAGCUAUUUCAAGUGAAAAAGCUGAUAUUGUGCCUGGAUAUGACUUCCUAGUGAAUUCGGUGUGGCCAGAAAUAGUACGUGGUUUAGAAGAGAAAUUGCCGUCACUGUUUAACCCUGGAAACCCAGAUGUAUUUCAUGAGAAGUACACUACUAGUAUGGAUUUCGUACGGAAGUUUGAACGACAAUGUGGCUCCCAGGCCAGUGUGAAACGGUUAAGGUCUCAUCCCUCUUAUCACAGCUUUAACAACAAAUGGAAUUUACCUGUAUAUUUUCAAAUAAGAUUCAGAGAAAUAGCAGGGGCCUUAGAAGAAUCACUUUCAGAUACACUAGAAGAAGCACCAGCUGGCAGUGCAUACUGUCUUUUGGCCACUCAUAUGGUCUGGAUGAGCCUUCUGAAGUGCUGGUCAGAUCAGAUGUUUUUACCACUUCUAGCACAUCGUCUGUGGAAGCUUAGUCUGCAGAUUUUGGCACGCUACUCUGUGUUUGUUAGUGAGGUCUCUGUAAGGCCCAUUUGCGGUGAGAGUACAAAAGAAAUCAAAAAGUCUGUGCCAGUUCCUAGAAAGGAAUCUUCUUUAAGCCUCAACCCUAAUGAGGACCAAGGGAAUGAGUCUUCUCCAGAAAGUCAGACAUUGCCUUCUAUAUCUAGCGCUCAGUUGGUCUCUGUUGCUGCAGAUCUGGAGAGACUUCAAGAUCAGAUUCCUGAUAUCUUAGAAAUGGUUAAGCCAAAACUUGAAUUGAUUGGCUUCAAGAAUGUAUCUUCUAUUGCAGGAGCCUUGGAAGACUCGAAGACUUCUUUAUCAGCCUGUGUGCCUACCUUGAAUAAGAGGAUUAUCCAAGAUCUCAGUGAGUCCUCCUUCACUUACCUGAAGAGUGCACUGGAAGUUCCAAGAUUAUAUAGGAGAACCAAUAAGGAGGUUCCAACUAAAGCUUCACCUUAUGUUGACAGUGCUCUUAAGCCUUUCUACCGACUGCAGAAUGAAUAUAAAGAUAGACUGAAGCAACCCAUGAUACAUGGGUGGUUGGAAGGUGCCCUCUCUGAAAGCACACAAAAGUAUUAUGAAACUGUAUCUGAUGUGCUAAGUUCUGUUAAGAAAAUGGAAGAGAGUCUAAAAAGGUUAAAGCAAGCCAGAAGAACUACAGCAUCAAACCCUGUGGGUACAAAUGGGGGCAUGAGUGAUGAUAACAAAAUCCGACUGCAGCUGGCCCUAGAUGUUGAGUAUUUUGGAGAGCAAGUAAGUUACGAGAAACAGAUACAAAAGAUGGGACUGGAAACAAGCAGCAUAAAAAGCUUUUCAGCCCUUACAGAGCUGGUUCUAACUGCCAAGGAUCAGGCUACAGCAGAACAAUCCUAGAUAUUUUCGAAGGCUUAAGUUUGAAGAUAAACAAUGUCUCUAAAAGAAAGAGAGAAUUUAACACUUCUUUAUUUUACCAAAUAAGUAGAAACAGAGUGCUUCCUAAUGUAUCUUGGGCAACACAUGGGUGCAUCUUCUGUCAAGAUAGGCUUGUUUCACUAGAAGACUGGGAAUUUACCAGUGUUUGCCUUUGUAUGGAAAGCAGUCAGAAGUUCUAAACUUUCUACUGUAGAAUAAAAGUGUCUUUCUAUUUUUGUUGUACAUCUGAAAAUGUAGAUGAAUGAACUUAUAUGAUGAAAAUAAUAUGUAAUAAAUUGUCUUCCUAA